CAGAGAGACUGACAUGCAGGCAGAGUGACAACCGGGGGAACAGACGGAACACAGUGAGAAAUCCGCAGGGCAAGAUUAAACUGUACUCCAAAGGAGCUGACACUAUUAUCUUUGAACUUCUGGAUUCAUCCAGUGAAGCCCUCAUGCACACUACCUCAGAACAUCUCAGUGAAUUUGCUGGAGAAGGACUUCGAACAUUAGCCCUGGCCUACAAAGAUGUCGAUGAAGAUUAUUUUGCAGUUUGGACGAAAAGGCUUCUGUUUGCCAGCACUGUAAUUGAGAACCGCGAGGAUCAGCUGGCCGUGCUCUUCGAAGAGAUCGAGCAGGGCUUGAAGCUUCUAGGAGCCACGGCAAUCGAGGACAAACUUCAGGAAGGAGUCCCAGAAACUAUCGCCUGUUUAAAUCGAGCCAACAUCAAGAUCUGGGUCCUCACAGGAGACAAACUAGAGACAGCGAUGAACAUUGGCUACUCCUGCAACAUGCUGCGAGACGAGAUGAAUGAGGUGUUCAUCAUCUCUGGCUACACACUGCUGGAGGUGCAGCAGCAGCUCAGGAGUGCUAAAGAGCACAUUCUCGGCGUGAGUCGAGUUAUCAGUGCAGGAGAUGUUCAGACGAAAGACAUGACUGCAGAUGAUGUGUUUGAAGAAACCCUUAUUGCAGAGUAUGCCUUAGUCAUCAAUGGACACAGUUUGACUCACGCUUUGGAGCCACAGCUGGAGCACGUCUUGCUGGACGUGGCCUGUUUGUGUAAAACAGUCAUUUGCUGCCGGGUCACUCCGAUGCAGAAAGCCCAGGUGGUGGAGUUGGUGAAGAGGCACAAGAAGGCCGUCACUCUGGCCAUUGGAGAUGGAGCCAAUGAUGUCAGCAUGAUCAAGA